UGAAACCUGAGCCUUCUUUGUCUGCUUCCAAGGGGUUUUCCCUGUGCCUGGGGAAUGAGCUGAGAGCGGACUAGGUCUGGCUCCCUACAGGGCUGGGCAAGUGGCAGUAAAGCCCUAUCGCCAACUUGGGUAGGGCACCCAGACAGUUUAAGCUCUCGGUCACGUGCCGCUCUCCCCUUCCCCAGGUCGAAAGCCAAAUCCAGACGGCUGUGAGGUCGGAGGCCAGCGGGGCAGCCUCCGGGUACCGCUGUGCGACUUCGGGGCUGGAUACCGGGUCGGCUGUUGAGGGGGUGCUGGGCAGACCACUCCCCUCCUGGGCCGGGGGCGCGGCCUCAGCCGCCCCGCCCCGCCCCGCUCCACCAGGCCGGGCCAGGCGGGCGCCCGGAGUCCGGAGCCCGGAGCUGGCUGCGAGCCGGCGGAUCUGCGGCGAGGAGGUACCCGCGCUGGAGCAGGAGCUGGGCGGGAGCUGGAGUGGCGGCGCAGGUGGCGCUGGGUUCCCCUGGAGGCCCUUGGCCAGGCCUGAGCCUCUGUCACUAUGGCCAUUGUGCAGACUCUGCCAGUACCCCUGGAGCCCGCUCCUGAGGCCACCACUGCCCCACAGCCUCCAGCCAUGGGCAGCGUGAGCAGCCUCAUCUCAGGUCGGCCCUGCCCUGGGGGGCCAGCUCCUCCCCGCCACCACGGACCUCCUGGGCCCACCUUCUUCCGCCAGCAGGAUGGCCUGCUGCGGGGUGGCUAUGAGGCACAGGAGCCACUGUGCCCAGCAGUGCCCCCUAGGAAGGCCGUCCCUGGCACCAGCUUCACGUACAUCAACGAGGACUUCCGGACAGAGUCACCCCCCAGCCCAAGCAGUGACAUUGAGGAUGCCCGAGAGCAGCGGGCACGCAGUGCCCAUCUCCGUGGCCCCCCACCCAAGCUCAUUCCUGUCUCUGGAAAGCUGGAGAAGAACAUGGAGAAAAUCCUGAUCCGCCCAACAGCCUUCAAGCCAGUGCUACCCAAACCUCGAGGGGCACCAUCCCUACCUAGCUUCCUGGGUCCUCGGGCCACCGGACUGUCUGGGAGCCAGGGCAGCCUAACCCAGCUGUUUGGGGGCCCUGCCUCGUCCUCCUCCUCCUCCUCCUCCUCGGCUGCUGACAAACCCCUGGCACUGAGUGGCUGGGCCAGCGGCUGCCCAUCGGGGACAUUGUCUGACUCCGGCCGAAAUUCACUGUCCAGCCUGCCAACCUACAGCACCGGGGGUGCAGAGCCAGCAACCAACUCCCCAGGCGGGCACUUACCCUCCCAUGGCCCUGGGCGGGGGGCACUGCCUGGGCCAGCCCGAGGGGCCCCUACCGGGCCCUCCCACUCAGACAGCGGCCGAUCUUCCUCCAGCAAGAGCACGGGCUCCCUGGGAGGCCGUGUGGCUGGGGGGCUCUUGGGCAGUGGUGCCCGGGCCUCCUCUGACAGCAGCUCCUGCGGGGAGCGCUCUCCGCCCCCGCCCCCACCCCCUCCACCCCCUUCGGACGAGGCCCUGCUGCACUGCGUCCUGGAAGGAAAGCUCCGAGACCGGGAGGCAGAGCUGCAGCAGCUUCGGGACAGUCUGGACGAGAGUGAGGUGACCGUGUGUCAGGCAUAUGAGGACCGGCAGCGGCCCUGGCAGCGGGAGCGCGAGGCCCUGCGGGAGGACAGUGCGGCGCAGGCCCAGCGGGCCCAGCGGGCCCAGCAGCUGCUGCAGCUGCAGGUGUUCCAGCUGCAGCAGGAGAAGCGGCAGCUGCAGGACGACUUCGCGCAGCUGCUGCAGGAGCGGGAGCAGCUGGAGCGGCGCUGCGCCACCUUCGAGCGGGAGCAGCGGGAGCUCGGCCCAAGGCUCGAAGAGACCAAGUGGGAGGUGUGCCAGAAGUCCGGUGAGAUCUCCCUGCUGAAGCAGCAGCUGAAGGAGUCCCAGGCCGAGCUGGUGCAGAAGGGCAGUGAGCUGGUGGCCCUGCGGGUGGCGCUGCGGGAAGCCCGCGCGGCCCUCCGGGUCAGUGAGGGCCGGGCGCGGGGCCUGCAGGAGGCAGCCCGGGCUCGGGAGCUGGAGCUGGAGGCCUGUUCCCAGGAGCUACAGCGGCACCGCCAGGAGGCCGAGCGGCUGCGCGAGAAAGCGGGCCAGUUGGACACUGAGGCAGCGGGACUCCGUGAACCCCCUGCACCGCCUGCCACUGCCGACCCCUUCCUCCUGGCGGAAAGUGAUGAGGCCAAGGCGCAGCGGGCGGCAGCCGGGGUUGGGGGCAGCCUGCGGGCCCAGGUGGAGAGGCUGCGAGCCGAGCUGCAGCGGGAGCGCCAGCGGGGCGAGGAGCAGCGGGACGGCUUCGAGGGUGAGCGGCUGGCCUGGCAGGCCGAGAAGGAGCAGGUGAUCCGCUACCAGAAGCAGCUGCAGCACAACUACAUCCAGAUGUACCGGCGCAACCGGCAGCUGGAGCAGGAGCUGCAGCAGCUCAGCCUGGAGCUGGAGGCCCGGGAGCUGGCCGACCUGGGCCUGGCCGAGCCAGCUCCCUGCAUCUGCCUGGAGGAGAUCACUGCCACCGAAAUCUAGGGCCGUAGGCACCCGGGACCUGCGUCCCAGACCUGGAGAGAGCUUUGCCAAAGGCGGGGGCGGAGCCUCGGGUCCACCAAGGGCUCCCAGAACCACAGGAGCUUCAGGGCUUCAGGCCUCCCGGCCUCAGCCAGGAACUCGGGGCUGCCCUGCGACUCGGAGGAGCAAGAUCAGCCUCCUCGAAGGUCCUGGUGUUCACUGUCACACAGAGGUUCCUCCUCACUCGACCCGUUUCACUUCCCGGCUGCUGCCAUUGCCACUCUGCCAGUCGCAUUCAACCCCGGCUGCUCGCCAGCCCACCCAGUUUGAGGGGGAGUGCUGGGAAGAGGAAGGGGUUCCCUCGUUUCCACACUCCCCUACCCCAAAGCCAGAAAGAGCCGACCAGUGCCAGCUGCUCCAGACGUGCCUGCCCCCACCCUGCCCGAGUCAGGGGACAGGGCUGGGACCGGGGUCUGUCCCUCCCCGCCAGGUUCCAGCUCUGCAGCCUCUCUCCUGGGGUGAGGGGGCUGUAGUCAGACCAAAGGAAGAACUCAGAAAUGUCUUGUUUAUUUGUGUUUGUGACCCAGUGGCCCCUCCCCACUCUUAGGUUUAUGGCCUCGUUUUCACUUGUAUAUUUUUCCACACUGUAAAUUUCUUGUACAAACCCAAAGAAAAAAAUUAAAAAUUUUUUGUUUUUAAAAAAAGGUGCAUGUACUAGAUAGA